ACUGCGCUCCCGUCACCGUGAACGCGCACGACAGCGCGCCGCCGCCUGCCUGCUGUUGUUGGUUGUGUGCAGCCCGCCGUCGGUCAGCAGCGGUAGACAUGGCCGUCCUCAGCAAAAUACCACACAACUGCUACGAGAUCGGUCACACCUGGGACCCGUCGUGUGUGCAGUCCGCUGUGGACGUUGCCAGGAGUGCACUGGAGGUCUCCUUCAAAAUAUACGCCCCUCUUUACCUGAUAGCAGCCAUUCUAAGGAGAAGGAAGAAGGAUUACUACAUUAAAAGGCUUCUCCCAGAGAUCUUUUGGUCUACCUCUUUCCUCACUGCCAAUGGAGGUCUCUACAUUGUUUUCUUUUGCAUUCUCAGGAAAUUGUUGGGAGGAUUCCACUCCUGGUCGGCUGGGUUUGGCUCGGCACUGCCUGCCUCCUAUAUCGCCAUCCUCCUGGAGCGCAAGAGCAGGAGAGGGCUGCUGACAAUAUACAUGACAAAUCUUGCCACUGAGACUUUGUUCCGCAUGGCGGUGACAAGAGGCGCCAUCAAACCCAUCAGACAUGGCGAGGUGCUCUUGUUCUGCAUAACUGCAUCGCUCUACAUGUACUUCUUCAGGAGUAAAGAUGGUCUCAAAGGCUUUGCAUUCUCUGCAUUGAAGUUCAUCAUUGGGAAAGAAGAGAUUCCAACUCACUCUGUCGUGGGAGAACAGAUCUGCACAAGGUCCCUCGAGAGGGCAGCUGCCGUAGAGGCCGAGGACUCACAGGCGUCUAGAGAAAGGCCCUGCUCCAGGAGCAAAACUCUGGUGGCCCACAUCAGGGAACUGCUGCAAUCAAUAUGCAAAAAGGGUCCAAGGCACAGAUGCUGUAAGCAUUACCAAGACAACUGCAUUUCCUACUGUGUGAAAGGUUUUGUCAGGAUGUUCAGUGUUGGCUUCCUGAUUCAGUGUUGUCUUAAAGUGCCUUCAGCAUUCAGGUACAUGUUUACGAAACCCUCACGGCUCCUGUCCCUCUUCUACAACAAGGAAAACUUCCAGCUAGGGGCCUUUCUAGGAUCUUUCGUCAGUAUCUAUAAGGGAACAAGCUGCUUGCUGCGUUGGCUGCGCAACAUUGAUGAUGAACUCCAUGCACUGAUUGCUGGCUUCCUGGCUGGUAUGUCCAUGUUCUUCUACAAAAGCACGUCAAUAUCCAUGUAUCUCUUCUCUAAGCUGGUGGAGACCAUGUACUUCAAGGGCAUUGAGUCAGGACGGUUCCCUUACUUUCCUCAUGCUGACACGGUCCUGUAUGCCAUCUCCACUGCUAUCUGUUUCCAAGCUGCUGUGAUGGAAGUGCAGAACCUCAGGCCAACAUACUGGAAGUUCCUGCUGCGUUUAACGAAGGGCAGGUUUGCUCUGAUGAACCGACAGAUGCUAGACGUGUUUGGGACUCAAGCCUCCCAGGACUUCAAAGGCUUUGCUCCAAAACUGGACCCUCGUUACACCACGAUGCUUCCACCGGGAGCCGACAUCCAGCUCGGUUGAGUUGGGAGCAGGAUGUGGGAGGGCCUUUCAGGGUUACCUCAACAGGAAAUGGACAGGUUGUCUGUUAUUUCUGAGUAACUUAAAGAUUUUUCUGACUGUGUUAUUACAGCUCAGAAGAAGGGAUGUGCUUUGGAGAAUGUUAAGCAGGGUGUCAUGAGUUUCAAUGGUGGUGCUGCACAAGCACAUUUACUGGCUGGGCUUAUAUGAAAACAGGUAACUGAUCAAAUAAAUAUAAUGCAUAGAGAAGUAUUUACUAUUAAUAACUGAUUAUUAUUAUUCAUACUUAUUAUAUUGUGUCAGAAAUUUCCCAUUUGCUUUUGGCACAGUGACAUUACCUGUUCUGUAAGAUAUGGAAGGUAGUAAUAAGGUCAAAUAACCUUAUUGCUAUUCUGAUGGUUGCUCUCCCAACAGGGUGAAACUCACUAAUCUUUUACUGUUAAUAAGAGAAAGAAUUCGGGCUCAUUACUCCUUCAUAAUUUCUGAAUGUGUACUAUUUAAAUUGGUGUAAGUGAUAUAUGUAAUUAUUUUAUUCUAUAGUGGGACAAUGGGAGAUGUAUUUACAUUGGGAUAUAUGAUGUGAAGGACAGGUGUGAAAGUCACCAUUUCUAACAAGUUACUCAAAUUGAUUGAUUGUGUUUUAAAAUGCAAGUUUUACCAAACCUCAUGAUAGUGUUUAUUUUUUAUUUUUAAUAACUACUUGACAAUAAUGAUUACAAUCAAGUGAGUCACCUUUAUAGAUGAUGUGGUCAAGGAAGCAUUCAGAACCAUGGUGAAUAUGGAUAUUUCUUUUGUGGAGAAGAUGGUGUAGCAUGAUCAACAUGGUUUGGUAAUUUGUCAGUUUCUAAGACUAAGUUACUGUUAAUUAAGUGAUGAAAAUACCUAUAAUUACACCUUGAAGACACAAAGAUCAGGUAUGUAUGUGUGUGUGUAUAUAUAUAUAUAUAUAUAGAGAGAGAGAGAGAGAGCUAAGUAAACAUUUGUAAAUCACACAGACACACAAGAAACCAGGUUAUUGGUGAAGACAGGAAAUCUAAAUAUGUUUACUACACAUGCUGCAAAUCACUUUCAAGCCUGCAUAUAUAUAUAUAUAUAUAUAUAUUUAAAAAAAAAUCAAAUUGGAAAAAUAACGGUCUCGAAGAAAGGUUGAUGGUGCCAUUUUUCCAAAUUGUGUGCAUAUGUCUUAAUUCACUAGUCUGCUUUUAACUGCAAACAAACUCAUUUUCGACAUCAUUAUUUUAGUUUUUUAUUCAGUCUUAAAUUAUUUUGAUUGAAUGUACAGCUAUAAGUAAUGGUCUUUCCAUUACUCCCACUGUCCUGCUGUCACAGGGAUACUUCCCGAGCCCUCAGUUUGGUUCAUUAUUGUAACCCACUUUGUUUCUUUUCCACCUCUGGUUUACAGUAAAAUACACAUGUGCUGCCUUUUUAAUGCAGACACUGUUUCAAUAUCAUGAGAAAGAGUUUGAGCAGAGAAUUGGCUUCUAAGUUUAGAAACAUGUUUAUUUACCAAUGUACAUUAGCCAAUAUUUUGUAUAUAUACUGUAUAUAUGCAAGGGAGACUAAAUACCACAAAAUAUAUUUUAUACAGUCAUUGAAUUAUUAGUCAACCUAAUCAAUCCUUUACAUUUCGUUUGAGUUUCAAAAUUACAUCUUUACAGCUGAAUAUUAAAUAUUUACUAAUUCAUUCAUUAUCUGGUUCAUGUGAGCUCAUAAAAUAGAGAAAGAUCAUGUUGUCUGUUUGCAUUUUAAUCAAGAUUCCAUGAUGAACUCAUGGCUUAAAAUCUACAUUGAUUGAAACUUAGUUUACUGGGGUGUUUGGGGCCACAUUGAAGCAUUUCCUGAAGACAAUGAAGAAUCUAUCUGCAAAUAAAAAGCAACGCUAAAUCCA